AUGUGGAAGCCAGCAACCCGCCAAAUCACAGGCACGAAUGACGUACCCCUCGGACAGCGCCGCCGUUUUGGCCCAGCACCGGUUGAAGAUGCGCCAGCCCCACAACUCGCUCAGCCUUCUCCUUCUGCAUAUCCUCGCGCCCAAGUGCAGGACGACAGCCCUGGAAAGCGAGGCAGGGACGACUCACUAGCUACUGGAGAUCCGAAAGCAUCAUUUUCGACGAAUGAGGGCCUAUCGAAGUUCUUCCUCGAUUUUGACCCCAACGCUCCUCGCAAACGGCGCAGCCGCUGGGGAGAAGCCAAGACUGAAAUCCCUGGACUUCCGACUGCCAUCUCCGCUGCUGGUGUAUCCCAGGCUCAACUUGACAACUAUGCUAUUCACCUGCGAUUAGAAGAAAUUAACCGUAAACUUAGGUUGAACGAUUUCGUUCCACCUGAACGUGAGAGGUCUCCUUCUCCUCCACCUACCUAUGACGGCCAAGGUCGUCGUACCAACACCCGCGAAGUCCGUUAUCGUAAGAAGCUCGAGGAUGAACGUAUCAAGCUAGUGGAUCGCGCCAUGAAGAACGACCCCAAUUUCCGACCUCCUGUGGAGUAUCAUCAGCAAAAGCGCUCUCAGCGUCCCUCCGACAAGGUCUAUAUCCCUGUCAAGGAAUUCCCGGAAAUCAACUUCUUCGGUUUACUUGUAGGUCCUCGUGGCAACAGUUUGAAGAAGAUGGAGCGCGAGAGUGGAGCGAAAAUCAGCAUUCGUGGAAAGGGCAGUGUAAAGGAAGGAAAAGCGCGCCCCGAUCAGUACGCCGAUGACGCUGAGGAGGACCUCCACUGUCUUGUCAUCGCUGACUCCGAAGACAAGGUGAUAGCAUGUGUUAAGAUGAUCAACAAAGUCAUUGAAACGGCUGCCUCUACUCCUGAAGGACAAAACGACCACAAGCGAAACCAAUUACGAGAGUUGGCGGCCUUGAACGGUACUCUCAGAGACGAUGAAAACCAGAUCUGUCAAAAUUGCGGAGGUGUUGGCCACCGAAAAUAUGACUGCCCCGAACAGCGAAACUUCACAGCUAACAUUAUCUGUCGUGUCUGCGGUAGCGCUGGUCAUAUGGCUCGUGACUGUACCGUCAAUAAAGACCCUAACGCACAGGCCUCAACGAAUGGUACCUCAGUCUCACUUACCAGGUCAGGCUUCGACUCCGAGUACGCUAGCUUAAUGGCAGAAUUGGGAGAAGGCGGAGGAGCAGGUGAUCCUGGCAAGACUCCUUGGGAUGCGCCCAGCAUGGGUCAUGACAUCACCGCUGGUGGUUCCAACAUCCCUCCGUGGCGCCGUCCUGAAUCCUGGCAGCAACCCUCUAACAAUCAGCAGCAAGGUUAUCGUCCUCCAGGCGGGUAUGGCGGAUAUGGAAGUGAAGGGCAGUGGGGAGGCUACGCUGCCGGCGGCUAUCAGCAACCUCAAGACUACAACUAUGCUGCGUACUACCAAGGCCAAUACGCCCAGCAGCUCAGCUAA